UGACGACCCAUGGCACCGUCUCUGGAACUAUUUAGACCAGUGUUCCAUAUCUCUCUUUGAAAUUAUGAGAUAAUCUUAAACACCGCUACACAAUAAUUAGAACCAACGUGGUAAUAUUCGAAACUUCGUAUUUUUCAUUAAAGAGGUGUUGCGCAUUCAACAGGUUAUUUUCUACUCUGUGCUCCCAAAUGGAUAUUUAAAAUGAAAUUGUGUGUGCACAUGCUGGCUUUUAAAUUAGCGUUUGUGCUCUUAGACUUUACACCUGUGAUGCUAACGGCAACCAGACUAAAUAGGAACUGCUCCAGCGCCUGUACCUGUGAAAAAAUAGAGGGUGCUGUCAAGAACAUUCUCGUGAUGGAGUGCAGAAAGAGGGACACGAUAUCUGGGAUACCUCGAAUCGACCCUGGUCUGAUGGCUAACGUUACGGAACUGACCAUUGAAAAACAGUCAGACUUCACUCAUCUAGAUAAUACCACACUUCAGUACUACACGAAUUUGGAAAGACUACUAAUAGAGGACACGGGCUUGAAAUGGAUCGACCACAACGCUCUCAAACUAAACAAACAGUUGAAGACAUUGUUUUUAAGGCGUAACCAGCUGACUUACCUAUCCUGGGAAGUAAUAGAGGGAUUGCCUAUUCUAAAGCUGUAUCUAAACGAUAAUCCAUUACCCUGCAACUGCUCUUCCAAGUGGAUACAGGAGCUCCAGAAAAAGAAAAAUCAUGUUUUGGGUUCAUUGGCUGCUGAAGAUUUACGGUGCCUUGAUACCAAUACAAAUGAAUCAUUGGGUGAAAACAUGCUGAAACUUCGAAAUGUAAAGCUGGAGGGCUGUGUACUACCUUCCAUUGAUAUUCAACCGAAAACGCCAAUUAUCAAUGAAAGCAGUUCUAUUGUCGUUACCUGUGUUGGCAAAGGGGAACCCAAGCCAUUGGUGUCAUGGGAGACGCAGUAUUUAAAUUCUUCUUUUUACGUCACGUCACGUGAUGAGGGUAGUACGGUUGACUUGGUAAUCACCAGUGCCAAUGCGAGUGAUUCUGGCUGGUUAACAUGCACUGCACGGAACGUGGCGGGGAUAACAUCAGACACUAUGCUUUUAAGAGUAAAUUCCGCUCCCCAGAUUCUUGUUUUGAAGCCUCCAGUUCAGAGAUUUCAUUACUGCAUUCAUUUCGAAGUAUCUGGAUACCCAAUUCCAGAAAUAUCUUGGCUGCAUAAUGGCAAAACGCUGCUAAAGAAAACCACGGUGUACACCUAUUAUUCCAAACAGCCAAAGGGAAUAUUCAAAACUACCGGAUGCUUAAUUUUUGAAAUGAAAAACGCCAAAAACAACGGCAUUUAUACGUUAAUCGCCAGAAAUGAAUUUGGAAAUGCGGAGCAAACGGUUGCAGCUGAUUUUAUGCUUGGCUCAGCAAUAGGAAACAAACCAGGACCAUUUCACAAACCGAGACCCCCUGGACGGAGAUAUGUCAACCCAAUACUACCCUUCCAGAAAAGUUCUAAAAAGAGGGAGCCACCCGCUGCAGCGCCAGUAAAGAAAGAAGAAAACUCAACCGUUUUCAUUGCCAUUGGAAUAUCUGUCUUUGUUUUCCUCGCCGUUCUCCUGGUAACCAUUUCUUUGAUUGUCCGUCAUUAUCGUCAGAAAGUUACCCGCAGUACGCAUCAUGUGACUUUCUCGUCGAAUAGUUCGCAGCGCCCCCUGUUGAAUUCGGACAAUCAUGUAGCACCCAAGACACAGCCCCAUCAAAUGACAGCAAUGCCUUUAACCUCGAUGAAGAUAGUUGAAAAUCCUGCUUACCAAACGAAGAAUCCCAUCUGUGGGAGUUCUUCUAUUUCUUACAUAAAACGAGAAUCUAUUGAAUUCCUUCGCGAGCUGGGAGAAGGAGCAUUCGGGCGAGUUUUUCUGGGGGCAUGCAAGGACCUUAUAUCCCCCGGGGAUGUCACCAUGGUAGCCAUCAAGACGCUAAAAGAAGCAGCCAUGGACGAUGCAAAAAUGAAUUUUGACAGAGAGGCUGAGUUAUUGGCUACGCUACUACACGACAACAUAGUCACAUUUUAUGGAGUAUGUAUCGACGCUGAAACUUCUAUGAUGGUUUUUGAGUACAUGGAAAAUGGUGAUUUGAAUAAUUUUUUGAGAUGUCACGGUCCAGAUGCCAAAUUUCUAAGUAAAAGUACAGUUCUUGUAAAACCUCUGUCCAAAAUCGAGCUUCUUCACAUAUCAAACCAAAUCGCCAACGGAAUGGAAUACUUAGCGUCCCAGCAUUUCGUUCACAGAGACUUGGCAACCAGGAAUUGUCUGGUUGGAGACAAGAUGAUCGUCAAAAUCGGAGACUUUGGGAUGUCACGUGAUGUUUACAGUACUGAUUAUUAUAGGGUGGGCGGAUCCACGAUGCUUCCAGUGAGGUGGAUGCCUCCCGAGUCUCUGUUGUACAGGACUUUUACUGUGGAAUCGGACGUCUGGAGUUUUGGUGUGGUAUUAUGGGAAAUCUUUACAUACGGACGACAGCCGUGGUACGAAUUGUCAAAUCAUGAGGUUAUUCAUUACGUAACAAAUGGGAGCACGCUGCAGUCACCCGGAACUGACGUGUGUCCAGAGGAAGUGGCUAAAUUAAUGACUUCUUGUUGGAAACGUCAACCCCAUGACCGUUUAUCUAUAAAGGAAAUACACUACAAACUUGAUAGGAUAUGUAUGUCGCAACCCACAUAUCUCGAUUUAAUAGCCUGAAAUUUGGCGUCAUCAUCGAACCGGAAAAUGUUUUCAACGCUUUUCCCGAUGUGGCAAUAUCGCCGUGUUUCCGGGAUGUUUACAUCGUUUACGGAGACUUGACAGAAGCUCUGAUAUGAUUUACACAGAGAGAGAUAAUCAAUAUAAUUUCUUCUAAGUGAUCUUAUUUUUUAUUGGAAAUCGCCGAAAGCCCUUGUGAUAAUGGCGAUCGUCCACUGUAUCAGGCCGGGAAGGGUGACCUCUAUCCAAUAAUGCGCGACUUUGUGAAGCUUUAAGGGACGAGUGUUACGGAGAGCAAUUUUUGAAUCCUAUUCUCCAGAAAGAUGCAUCUUAUUUCAUUUAUUUUUAGAUCAACAACUAAACACAAUUGCUGUGUUAAUUUUUGUUAUGUUGUUGAGGGGCAUGAAAUCCAUCGGUUAAAAGAAGCAUUUCUAACAUGAAAGGUAAACAAUAAGAGAUCAGACUCUUUACAUGCAUGUUUUCUACAGUUUUGUAUACCAAGUGAAUUUAGGUUUACACUCAUUUUUUGAUGUAUUGAAAUCCCAAAACAAGAAUUGGUAACUGUCGUAAUUAAUCCGCUUCCUUUUAUUAAUGCGCAAUGGGAAUAUGCUCUCAAACAUUAUAUUAUGAGAGAUGUGUUCUAUAAGGACAUCGUACUUGUUUAUGUUGCGGAGAUUAGUAACUUUGGUAGUAAAUUGAGAUAACCCCAAUAAAAUGGUCUGUCGAUGUCAUACUAAAAGUCUGUGAUUAAAAAUAUAUUAACCAAUCGAUAUCUCCGGACAUAAAAGGAACCGCGUGGGGAAAUGAACCAGAUUACGUGACAAGCAGACUUAUUUGCUUCAAUAUCUAUUAUAAAUUUUUUCUGACGCGACCGUUUUUUGAUACUACCCGAUAUUGCUUUGUUUUGUACAGACAAUUUAUAAACAUUGUUUUACUCAUUUUGUUCGAUUAUUACAUUAUGGUAUUUGCAUGUGACUGAUAAUCGGGCUUUAUUGAUCAUUGUUACUCUACAUUUACUGCACUAUGCGGCUGGUUCCGAUGUUCUUUAUCAUAUAUAACGUUAUAUUGAUACAUGCUGUUUUGUGUUACUAAGAGAAGGAUUGCUCAGUUUUAAAUAAACUACUUUCCAC